CUUAGUUUUACACAACAUGCACAACGUAAACAAAUUUGCCUGAAUUAUUCAUGAGAAAAUAAGGAGCCUAUAGAUAUGGACUUCACACCUAUAUUUAUUAAUGCUAUGUUUGUUUUACUAAUCGGUGUAUACGUAUAUAAAAAUGAACGAAGAAUAGCGGACAUCUCCACCAGACAUGAUGGAACAGGAGUGACAUACAUCAGAUGGGGUAAAAAACUAUGCGAUGGAUCUAAUACUGAAACAAUUUAUUCAGGCCAAGUAGGUGGAGGUCACUACGCACAUACAGGGGCAAGCGUGAACUACGUAUGCUUACCUAACGAUCCGGAUGUCGCACAGCCGCUGAAACCCCACUGUGAUUAUGAUUUGAUCUAUGGAGCAGAAUACCAAAUUGGUGCCUAUAACCAGCCUCAAGGAAUGAGAUCGGGGAUAGAAAACCGAGACGCUGCAUGUGCAGCAUGUUUAGCAAAAGGCAAAACAGCAUCAAUAAUAAUACCAGGAAGAGAAACCUGUUACAAAGGAUGGACAAAAGAAUACAGUGGAAUUUUAAUGGCAGGAAAGUAUGAUCACUCCGCUUCAUCAGAAUACGCAUGCGUAGAUAAUGAUGCUGAAGCUAUAAGUGGUGAUUCAAAGGACGAAAAUGGAAUUUUAUUUUAUCCCGUAAAAACAGUCUGCGGGUCAUUGAAAUGUCCGCCAUACAAACAAGACACAGAAGUGUUGUGUGUUGUUUGUUCAAAAUAGCAAUUGCAAGAUUGGUCCAAUGUUAGCUGCAUUCAAAUGAAAUAAGAAAAUCUGACAAUUUUGUGAAAUAGACUUGUAACCGACUUGAAUUAGCUUUCAGCUACUGUGAAUACUAUUAUAUUGGUUCUUUGUGUCUAUUGUUUUAUAUUUAUCUUUCGAA